CAUCCGUCAAACAGUUGUAUUUCGAAACUGACACACACAAAUAUUCGUGGGAAUACAUCUGCUAAACGUUAAAUAUAAACUACUCAGUAAUGAAAUGGCACGAUCCCAACGAAAUGAAAAACAAAACAAUCCUACUCGAUGCGAUUCCAGAGGCAGUGUCAAGUAAUUCAAUGCAGCAUUCAACUCGGUCAAGUGCAAAAAAUGUCCCCGAGAAUCCCGGUCUCAUCACUAGGUCGUUUAUGUGUGAAAUUCGUUGCGAACCAAUUGGUCCAGUCGCUGUCAGAUGACGAAGGUCUGAAUUACGAAGCGGUCAAGCAAUAUUUAUCCGACGUUACUCACGAAGUGCUCCAAGAACUUCUUAGGGAUAUUCUGAAUUCCAUCCAUCUGGAUGCAGCCACCAGAUUUAGUAUUUUGGAAGUUUUGCUUCGAGACGACGUCAGAAAAUUGGAUACAGGAAUAUUUCCGCAUUCUUAUUACGAAAAAAUCCUCGAAGUUAUUAUAUCAAGAGGAGUGGGGCUCCGGCAACUCAAUCUCAAAGGAGUGUGGGCCAGGGAUCAUCCCGCAUUGUUAACUAAAUUGGUCGGUUCUUUGAACAAUCUGAAAGUUCUCAUCAUACCCCAUAUGGCUAACGACGCUAUUCUUCAGCGGAUUGCAGACUGUAGGAAUUUGAACGUAUUGGAUAUUUCUGGUGAGUCGUAUUUCACCGCAGAUGGUCUAGGAUAUUUGAAAAACGAAAAUCUCCGGAUUCUUGAUGUAGGAUAUUAUGGAAAAAAGGAGAUAUGUGAAGGAAGCAACGACGAUACGGAACUUGUAUCCCGUGUCAUAAGAAAUUUACCGAAGCUGAGAGAAAUCCGAUCCUAUUCGUUCACAGGAAAUUCCCUGUUCCACUUACAGAAUUCGUCCUACAUUACCAAUAUAACACUUUUGCGUGAUACCGAAACAACUCAAGAAAUUUUUCAUGUUAUUUCGCGAUUGUGUCCUUUACUGGAAAGCAUCCAUUUGAAUUCCCCGAAAGAAGGAGUCAUCCCACAUUUGAAAGACUUGAAACGUUUGAUCUAUCUCAAAAUAUGUAAAGGCUCCGUUGCGGAGAUCACCCAAUAUCUGGCAAGUCACCAAUCGAAUUUGGAAGUUAUCAAAGUAGCGAGUUGUCAAGAUAAACCCUUGGACUUAACCUUUGUAGCCCAGGGAUCACCAAGAGUGAACACCCUCGAAUUUUAUCACAUGCAUUUAACUAUCUCCAGACCUGAAUUAUUCUUCAUGUACCUCACAAAUAUCGAGAUUUUAUACUGCAAUAUGACAGACAAUUGCUUAAGGCAAAUACUCGCGAACAGUCCUCUUCUUCGGAGGGUGAUGAUCGGUUGUGCGGUCAAUUUUACUGAUGGUGAUUUAUUCAGAUUGUGCGCUGAUAUUGAAUUCUUAUUCUUAGAAGAGUUGUGGUUGUCCUGUGCAAAAAGUUUGACUGCAAUUUCAAUAGAAUUAUUGAUGAAUCAUUGCCCAAAAUUGCGAUUUCUGGGACAAAUGAAUGGAUGGGACAUUACCAGUGAAGAAGUUGAGUUUUUUAGAACUGUAAUUCAAGUAUCAAAUAUUGAUUUAACGUUGCUACCAACCGUGUUCUAGAAGAUUCAAAAUAAAUUAUUUCAGGUAUAUAAAAGUGUCUUCAUCUGA